AAGAGUAGAUCAGCCUCUGAGAGCCUAAACCCCAGCCAUGGCCUGGCCUAGCCUGGCCGUGCCCCUUGUGUUUGGGUCGUUCUUCAUCCUAGCCAUGGCUGACCCUUCAUUUGUGUGCCCCAUUCUUCCUUGUGAGCGUGAGAUAAGCCUGCGCUUGUACUUGCACCAAGUUAUUGAUGGGCCAGACCACAACCAGGUAGUAACCGUUAGUUCUCGCCACCCGGCUUGGUUCGGCACGACCGCCGUCAUCGAUUGGACAGUCACCGACGCGCCUCAACGCGGUGCGACUAUUGUCGCUCGCGCGAAAGGCAUGCAAGUGCAGGCGGACGUAGAGGGUCCUGGCUGGUUCCACUAUUUCACCAUGGUGUUCGAAGAUCCAAGGUUCGGUGGAUCGACGCUUGCAGUGAUGGGUCAGUAUCUAUCAGAAGGCGAGAUGGCUAUUAUGGGCGGGACAGGAGAGUUCGCCAUGGCGCGUGGCGUCAUCAAGUUCAGAACAGUCAAGAACACUGCCCAUGAGAGCUACAAACAACUUGAUAUCCACACAUUCUAUGUCCCAACUCGUGGCAAUACAACCAUUACACCCAUUACCGUCAUCUAGAAAAGCGGUCUAAAUUUGUCUGGACUACAGGAAACACAUAUGGCGUGACCUAAAAUUGUUGAGCUUGUUGUUGUUUUAUUUUCAAAUAAUACCUGGAUUUUGAGUGUUCCAUAGUCAAUUAGUUAAUCCCAAAUCUGUGUGCUACUGCUUGUUGUUUGUAUAACGUGUGUUGUUAUAUAUUUUACUUUUACGAUAUAUGAUGAGUAUGAAUCAAACAUGUAUAAAGUUUCUCUUUGAAUAACUUGGUUGCUUGAUUGAAA